GUCGGGGCUGCCGCGCCAGCAGUGCCACCGGCAGCAGUGCUGGGCGCCCUGGCCAGAGCUCCGCCUGGAUUGCCAGCAGCGCUACCUUCUACUCUUAGCCGGGCGCGUCGAGCAGCUGGUGGUGGGUGGAUGGACAGAGUGGUUGAAGGAAACAGUCCUUGCCAAUUUCGACUUCAUCAACGCUUUGGUGAGUAAACGGGCUGAGGGUUCCGACCCAGCGCUGCGCCUCCCCGCGGGCGACCAGGCUUUCCACUCGUGGCCCAACCUCAAGGCCUUCCUGGUAGCUGUCGACUACGUCUUCGCUGCGUCGUCCUCCUGCUGGCGGCGUCUCGGAAUGGAGCCCACUGCUGGGGCGUGCCCUACGGUGGAGGACAUCGAGGACAGGGCUCGCAGGGCGCACUUGGUGUUCUCGGUCACGAAGCUGCUCGCCUCGUGGUCUGACGCGUGCAAGGCAGGGGUGCAGGCCGCGGAGUGUCAUCACCACCUGCCCGCAGUACUCAUUGAUCGCCGCAGGAUAGGAGGUUAUGCGCCACCGCCGUAUUUGGAACUUCUUCUGGCAUUGGAGCAGCGGGUGGCAGUGGACGUCCGCCCUGUGGCUGACGUGCUCGAGGGAUCCUGGCGGAACCCCCUUCUGAGCGGCCGGAAGUCGCACCUCGCGGCGGCCGCGGUUCACUUGCAGGAGCCGGCGACCAUCACCGCCACCGCGCGCAAUUCGGCGGCCACAGUCCACGAGGCAUUCUCGGUCUUUCGUCUCACGGAGGCUGGGAAUGAGGCACCUGCGCGAGUGGUUUUGUGGCGCCCGGUGCUCUAUUCCGAGUGCCCGUCCCGCGUGAUCUGGGUGGGCGUCGGGGCGCAGCCCGCGCUGUUGGCGCGGCGGGCUCUCGCUCCGCCGGCGUCGCAGCAUGGCAUUCGAUGGGAGGGGCCUUUCCGCAGCUUGGGCUCCGUGCCGGACGUCCGCCGCGCCCUUUUCAAGGCGCGCGCUGAACGGAGUGCAUAUUCGGACCUGGGCGCGCGCUUCUUCAUCCGACAACUCCGCGACGAUCCGCCCCUCGCCGCUGCGCUGGCCGGCAAACGGGCGCUCCUGGCAGACGAGGGGGCGCGCGUCAUGGAGCGCACUUGUCCACGAGUGUUGGUUCACCUCCGGAACUUCCACGACGACGUCCUCCUGGUCUCCCCGACCCUUGCCAUCUGGCACUCCACCGCUACCGCGGCGGACUGGGGG